ACGGGUAAGCGGGCUCAGCUCGGCACUGCGCGGGGCGCACGGCUCCGGGAGCCCAGGCCCAGCCACCUACCCUCCUCCCCGGGGCUCUGUUCUCACUUUCUAGCAGUGAGAAGACGGGAAGCAGGAGCCAUGCAGUCGGAAUCGGGGAUCGUGCCGGAUUUCGAAGUUGGGGAGGAGUUUCACGAAGAGCCCAAAACCUACUACGAACUCAAAAGUCAACCCCUGAAGAGCAGCAGUUCUGCGGAGCAUCCUGGGGCCUCCAAGCCUCCGCUAAGCUCCUCCAGUAUGACAUCACGCAUCUUGCUACGCCAGCAACUCAUGCGUGAGCAGAUGCAGGAGCAGGAGCGCAGGGAGCAGCAGCAGCAGAAGCUGCAGGCGGCCCAGUUCAUGCAACAGAGAGUGCCCGUGAGUCAGACAUCAGCCAUAAACGUCAGCGUGCCCACCACCCUUCCCUCUGCCACCCAGGUGCCGAUGGAAGUCCUUAAGAAAAAUGGAGUUGCCAACUAUUUCAAUGGAGAAGCCCUUGGGAGGAGUCAAUUUGGAGAGGAUGAUGAACAUGCCAAGUCUGAGAUGUCUGCAGUCCUCCAAAUGGUGCUGACGCCCGGGCAGGUGCAGACUCACCUCGAAAACCCCACCAAGUACCACAUACAGCAAGCCCAAAGGCAGCAGGUAAAGCAGUACCUUUCUACCACUUUAGCAAAUAAACAUGCCAACCAAGUCCUGAGCUUGCCAUGUCCAAACCAGCCUGGCGAUCAUGUCAUGCCACCGGUGCCGGGGAGCAGCGCGCCCAACAGUCCCAUGGCUCUGCUUACACUUAACUCCAACUGUGAAAAAGAGGGAUUUUAUAAGUAUGAAGAGCAAAACAGGGCGGAGAGUGAGGGCCCGAGUAUGAACGCCCAUUCACGAGCAUCGUGUAUGCAGAUGGAUGAUGUAAUUGAUGACAUCAUUAGCCUAGAAUCAAGUUAUAAUGAAGAAAUCUUGGGCUUGAUGGAUCCUGCCUUGCAAAUGGCAAAUACGUUACCUGUCUCUGGAAACUUGAUUGACCUUUACAACAACCAAGGCCUGCCACCCCCAGGCCUUAACAUCAGCAACUCCUGUCCAGCCAACCUUCCCAACAUAAAAAGGGAGCUCACAGCGUGUAUUUUUCCUACAGAAUCUGAAGCAAGAGCAUUGGCUAAAGAGAGGCAAAAAAAGGACAAUCACAACUUGAUUGAACGAAGAAGAAGAUUUAACAUAAAUGACCGCAUUAAAGAACUAGGUACUUUGAUUCCCAAGUCAAAUGAUCCAGACAUGCGCUGGAACAAGGGAACCAUUUUAAAAGCAUCCGUGGACUAUAUCCGCAAGUUGCAAAGAGAACAGCAACGUGCAAAAGAACUUGAAAACCGACAGAAGAAACUGGAGCAUGCCAACCGGCACUUGUUGCUCAGAAUACAGGAACUUGAAAUGCAAGCUCGAGCUCAUGGACUUUCCCUUAUUCCAUCCACGGGUCUCUGCUCUCCAGAUCUGGUGAAUCGGAUCAUCAAGCAAGAGCCCGUUCUUGAGAACUGCAACCAAGACCUCCUCCAGCAUCACGCAGACCUAACUUGUACAUCAACUCUUGAUCUUACGGAUGGCACCAUCACCUUCAACAACAACCGGGGAGCCGGGACCGAGAGCAACCAAGCCUAUAGCGUCCCCACGAAAAUGGGAUCCAAACUGGAAGACAUCCUAAUGGACGAUACUCUUUCUCCUGUUGGUGUAACUGAUCCACUCCUUUCAUCUCUAUCCCCUGGAGCUUCCAAAACUAGCAGCCGGAGAAGCAGUAUGAGCAUGGAAGAAACCGAGCAUGCUUGUUAGCGAAUCUUUCCUGCUCUGCAUCCUUACAAACUGCUUUCUUUCUUGAUUAGCAGAUUUCAUAAUUUACCUGAAGGGGUUUUCUUGAUAAUUUUUCUUUAAUAUGAAAAAGUUUUUUCAUGCUGUAUCAAUAUAGCCCAGGAUAUAUUUUAUUUUUAGAAUUUUGUGAAAGACUUGUAUAUUCUAUUUUACAACUACAGAUGCCUCCAAAGUAUUGUACAAUAAGUGUGCAGUAUCUGUGAACUGAAUUUGCCGCAGACUUCAGCUUUCUGAACAAGAGGAUUUUGCCUCAGAGAAAUGUCUGUCCAUUUUUAUUCAGGGGAAACUUGAUUUGAGAUUUUUAAGCCUGUGACUUCCUUGGAAAUUAAAUGUAAAUUUUAAUUGAAAGAAUGUAAAGCAACCAAAAAAAAAAACCUCAAAAAAGAAAGAGGAAAAGAAAUCCAUACUAACCCUUUUCCAUUUUAUAAAUGUAUUGAUUCAUUGUUACCGCCUUAAAGAUGCAGUACCCUUCUAGCAGCAUUUAGUCUUUAUACUACAAACUAUUUAAAGAAAUGCUAUAUUCUGUAAAAGACAAAAAAAAAAAAAAAGCCAUUUUCAUGAGGAUUGUCUGGUUAGAAAAUAUAACUGAUACCAACUGAAACUGAAGGGAGUUAGACCAAAGUUCUGAAACAUAGAGUUUAGUCUUGCUCUCUUUAACUGAGAUGUUACAGUUUUCUUCAUCAAUGAGCGUGAUUCAAUUUUUCAUAAGAUGUAUUUUAUUUUGAAAUGGAAAUGAAUGUCCUCACAAAGUAAAAUAUUGAGGAGCACUGAAAGUUUGUUUCACUUUUUUUUUUUUUUCAUUUUUCAUUUUUGCUUUUUGAUAAGACAACCAAACUGGGCACAUUUCUAAUUGGCUUUACUAUUUUUAUUUUUAAAUUAUGUUUUAGUGGUUCAUUUGAUUUGUACAGAUACUUUAUUAUCAUUGUUCUUUUAAAUAUGUUUGUAUUAAUUUGUAAGAGUAUGCAUCUUAAAAUGACAAGUUUUCAAUAUUUUUACAACUCACUGGUGGUUUUCCGCAUUCUUUGUACACCCACGCAAGAUAACUUUUAUGCAAGGUCUUGUGUUUAAAGAAAGCUUUGCAGAUAUUUUGUAUAUUACAGUCUCACUCAGAACUGGUUUUUUGACACAUUUAAGGUGUAGUAUUAAUAGGUUAAAACCAGGCUUUCUAGAGAGAAUAAACUUAUAUAUUUAUUUUUAGUGAUAUAAAAAUAGUAUUCUUGGAGACCGAUAACCAUAGCAUUAAUACACCCAUUAUGGUCAUUUAAAUUGGGGUUUAUUUCACUAAACUUGCUGAAUUUUGUUUUUAAAGAGAGAAAUACUGUAUUGGCAAGUUACUGUUACUUGAUAACAAUGUUUUAACAAGCAGCAAUGUUGUAAAGUUAGUUUCAGUGCAUUAUCUACUUGUGUAGUCCUAUGCAAUAACAGGAGUAGAACAUGUAUCCAGCCUAGAUGUUUUUUACAGAAGAUAUAUAGUGUUAUAAGCCAGGCUGUUGAAUGGAAUUUCUCAGUAGCAGCUUCCAGUUGAAUAGCAAGUGGCAUAAAGCAUAUCUAUUCAGAAUGAAGUGCCUUAAAUAUAGCAGUAGUCUUUUUUGGACUAGCACUGACUGAACUGUAAUGUAGGAGAAAGUUUCAAGAUGGUAUCUGUAGUCAAGAACAUGUAGCAUGGUGCCUAUGUAGACAAUAUAAGAGCUUCCAAUUUUCCUUCAGAUAUUUUUAAUAUUAAAUAUAUUUUAGUGACAGAGUGCCAACUUCUUUGAUCAGGAAACCUUAUUCAGGAAGUUUUUUUUUAUUUGUUUUGUUUUUUUUAAGUGUUUAAAUGUCUAAUGUGAAUUGGUGAUGGGUAAUGGAGGGUUCAGAGAGAAGUGAUUGUCAGAUGUAUAGAUGGAUGGUUUAGGUGACAAUAAUCAACUGCAUACUUCCCAUGCAUGUUGGGCAAUGAAAAUCCUUGGAAACAUUGAUGAUGCUAUCAGUUUUAUAGCUUUAUUACUUAAGGGGGUAGGGAAAAUUUGUUCCCAUUCUUUCAAUCCCCUUAAUUGCAUAGCUUUUUUUCUAGCAUAGUGAUGCAAAUCUGCAUGAACAGCUAAUUGUACCAUAGUGUUCACUGAUACAAUCAUAGCAUUGUCUAUUUUUCUCUUCAUAUUUAUAUGGUGGGGGGAAGCUGGGUGUGAAAGUUGAAGAUCAUGAUGCUAUGUUGCCAAUUUUCCUUAGCUGGUUUUGAUGGUUUUUAAAAAUAGAGCAAAGUUGACUGAUCCACGGUCAAGGGAAUAUGGCCAUGGUUAAGCAACCUUAUACAAAGCUUUGUUGAAAGAAAGCAUGGCAUCUUAUACCACUGCCUGACUCUUGCACCUCCUGAGCUUGCCAUUGCCUGCUUUCCUGUCCCCUUCCUCUUAAGAGACAAUUUCUGGGAGUGGCAGGCGCACAAGCCUAGGAGAAAGCUGCAACCUUAGGGGUGGUUUUAUUUAUUUCUUUUUUGCCAAAUAGAGUGUGGAUUCAUUUUAGGGAUGAGUUAAGCCAAGAGGCAGUGGUUUGGGUUCAUUGUGGCGAGAGAAAUCCACACCGCUCCCCCCAUCCCUGGGUACACAAUUGUGACUCGGGGUUGGGCCUCCAUAUGGAGUGACCAAAAUGCCAAAAUGUCUUCCUCUGAGUAAGGCAAUGGAAAUACCAAAUCUUCUGACUUUGCCAAAAAACCAUACAACCAAUCUGGUCAUACAUAGGAUGACAGAGUUCUUUCUGGUUGUUUUUAAACAAUAAAGCAAUAAGAACAAGUAAAACACAUAGGAAGUUAAAAGAUAUAAAAUAAAGCACAAAGGAAUGCACUUACUAAUAUUUUUGAAAAAUGCACUGGGGAAAAUUGAUGUUGAUAAAAGUAUAAAAACCCUAUUUCUUGAUAAAAAUGACAAAUGACUGUCUCUUGCGGACGCUUGGUACUGUAAUGUUAAUAAUAGUCACUUGCUGUUGGAUGCAGCAAUAAUUUCUGUAUGGUCCAUAGCACUGUAUAUUAUGGAUUGAUAUUAAUGUAUCCAAUGAAAUAAUUGAACUGUUGUUCUUGAUAGCCUCAUUAAAGCAUUUGGUUUUUUCACAUA